AUGUCAGCCAAGGACGAGCGUGCCAGGGAGAUCCUGAGGGGCUUCAAACUAAAUUGGAUGAACCUCCGGGAUGCUGAGACAGGGAAGAUACUCUGGCAAGGAACGGAAGACCUAUCAGUCCCUGGAGUGGAGCAUGAAGCCCGUGUUCCGAAGAAAAUUCUCAAGUGCAAGGCAGUGUCUCGAGAAUUGAACUUCUCUUCGGCAGAACAAAUGGAAAAAUUCCGCCUGGAACAAAAAGUUUACUUCAAAGGGCAAUGCCUAGAAGAGUGGUCCUUCGAGUUUGGCUUUGUGAUCCCGAACUCCACAAACACCUGGCAGUCCCUGAUAGAAGCAGCGCCCGAGUCCCAGAUGAUGACCGCCAGCGUGCUAACUGGGAAUGUUAUCAUAGAGACAAAGUUUUUUGACGACGAUCUUCUCGUAAGCACAUCCAGAGUGAGACUUUUCUACGUUUGA